GCUGGACCUGGAAGCAACGGACACUGAACUCGCAACUCUUGACCCGGAGUGACUGAGGAAAAGGGGCGCUUCUUCCUGCCACUCCCAGCCACAGACUCCGAAAAUGCGGCUCCUGGGAAAACUCCGCACCUCCGCCGUGGGCAGCGCAGCUCCGGAGCCAGCCUUCUCCAACGUGCUCACUCCGGGACGCAUCCCCGAGUUCUGCAUCCCGCCGCGGCUGCCCGCACCCUGCGCGCCCGAUUCCCCGCCCCCGGCCGCCGCUGUGCCUCGGCGGUGCGCUGCCGAGCCCGACCUGUGGCCCCGAGGAGCUAACGACGGCGCUGGGCACACGGACUGGGACCCGCGCUCGCAGGCCGCGCUCUCGCUGCCCCACUUGCCCCGCGCGCGCACCGCCUACGGCUUCUGCGCGCUGCUCGAGAGCCCGCACACCCGUCGAAAGGAGUCGCUCUUCCUCGGGGACCCCGGAGCCGCCACGCUCCUGCUGCCGCCCGCCGCCCGGUCCGCGCUCCGCGCUCGAGCCCACACCUACAGCGGCAGCGGAGGAGGAGACGCCCCACUCGGGGUCCCUGGCGGAGCCCCUGCCCCCGCGAACCCCGAAGACACCCUCCCGCCCCGGAACUCGCUCUCCCUGCGGCCCCGCGGCCACCGCCUCCUGCGCGGCCCCGAAGGGCUGCUGAGCCGCGCGCUAAGGGCCCGGAGGAGCCGUGGCCUGGCCCGCGCCCGCUCUGUGUCCAGCGGGGACGAGGGCGAGGAAAGCAGCGCAGGCUCGGAGGAGACCCUCUCCGCGUCCCCUCCGUCGUCCCCCGGCCCGCGGCCUGAGCUCCUGGAAGCCGAGGGCACCGUGACUCUGGGUCGCGCCGGCGGCGCCCUGCGCCUGGCGGCAGAGUACAGCCCGGCCAGCGGGCGCCUCCGCAUCCGGCUGCUCCGCCCCGAGGGCCCGGCCGGAGGAGCCGCCGAGCCCCGCGCCGUCGGCUGCCGCGUCAGCCUGGUCCUGCAGCCUCCGGGCAAGACGCGCCAGCAGCGCAGCGCCGUGCUCCGGCGGAGCCGCAAGGCCGCCUUCGACCAGGACUUCUGCUUCGACGGGCUCUCGGAGGAUGAGGUGCGCCGCCUGGCCGUGCGCGUCAAGGCCGAGAACAAGGGCCUUGGCUGGGAGCGGGGCCGCCUGCUGGGCCAGGGAGAGCUGCUGCUGGGCUCCCUCCUGCUGCUCUGA